CAUAACUGGUUUAGAGUUCUGUCAUGUGACCUCAAAUAUGGCCGACCAUGAGUAGUUGUUUAGUGUUAUUGUUUUACGUGUUUGUGUUAUUGUUUACCUUUGGAGAAUUCGUGCGCCUUUCUCAGGAGGAUUCAUGCGAUCCAAAUUGUUCUAUUCUGCCAAAGGAUGAAGAUAGAAAAUUAAUUUGUAAUGUUCACAAAGAAGAGCGAUGCCACAAUGUGAACCGAGAACUUGAACGUAACCGAAGUAAAGGUAGCAUAUCAAGUUGGCAGAAGUACCACUACCAGUCCAGUGUUGAUAUUCCUGCUAGAGGAAGUCCUACAGUUACUGAUGUUACUUUCAAUAAUAUCAGUGGUCUCUACACCAGUGCAUCAGCGCGUCCACAAAUUGCUGGUAUUACUAUUCAUGAUGAACAGCGGACUUGUUUUAAUGACUACCGCCGCAAUAACUUUGCACUUAAUUUCACUCUUCUUUUGCCAUCUGGUGAAUUUUUGUACAAAACCACUGCAUUGCUGCUGAAGAUUGAGUACGAUGUCCAGCCUUCAAAAAACACCAAAUGUCGUAUAUUUGAGUUUAAAACUCUUGGCACUAUUCCUGAUGGAAAAUAUGAAAAGCGAUACAUUCAAUACAACUUUCUUACUCGCUUUGAAAAAUUUAAAACCCAUGUCUUUAAAGUAAAACUUAUUGCUCUUCCUACUGGUGGGAAUUCAACUUAUAUUGUCACAGCAUAUGUCAAUUCACUGAAUGUGAACAAGAAACGAACAAUUGCUGUGUCAAUUGAUAGUGAAAAUAGUCUUCAUGUGGUAUUUGAACCAAGUCGUCAAUAUGUGGCUGAUAGUUAUAAUGUCAGCUUGAUCCAGUUUCCUACACUUAUUCCUGAUCCAAUCACUUCUGUUAUUGUUCAACAGCAACAGUUGCCUGGUAAUUUAACGGAGCUAGAAUUUACUGACAUUCAGCCUGGCAAUUAUCAAAUUCAGGUUAGUGUCAUCAGCUCCGAUUGUGAAGUUCAGUUGUGUAAAACUAUGAACUCAACUUCUUUCGUAAUGGGCAGCCCACAGAAAAAUACAGGACGUACUAUGUCCAGCAAGCCAGUAACCACUACUACCACUUUCAUUAAACACCGAAUGAGUAGCACUUCAGGCAUGGUGAAGACGACAACCCCUGAGACUAGGAGCACUAGUCGGAGACAAGGUGAUGUAGUAAUUCAACCUUCAGACCAAAGUGGAGAGUACGAAAGAUCAUUGAAGAUUAUGCUUGGGACUGUGUUUGGAGUUGUUGGCAGUGUUACAAUCAUUAUUGUUGUAUUUUGUAUGUACCGUAAGAGAAACUACACUUCAGGGUCACACAUUGAACAUCCACAGCUGUCUGAUGUAAUUAUUGAAGAUUUUGACAUGAAACAGCAUUUUCCAAAUGUUCUCUUACUUUAUUCUUCGGAUUGUUGUGCUCAUGAAUACGUUGUCCAAGCUAUGGCUGCUUUUUUGAUGCAGAUCUGCAACUGUAAUGUGCACAUUGAUUUAUUUGAAGAACAUCUGAUUCAGGAGAAAGGUCUUAAUGACUGGCUUCUUGACAAUAUGCAAGAAGCUGAAUAUAUUAUUGUUCUUUGUUCUGUUGGUUCACGACUCAGAUGUAAAAAAAAUAUGCAGUUUAAAUUGCAUCCUCAUCGAACCAUCCCGGAUUAUUUUGCUCUUGCAGUUGAUUAUGUUGCAGAAAAAAUGCGUAUUGAACGUUGUAAAGGUAUGUCUUUGUCAAAAUUUAUUGUGCUGUAUAUGGAUUACUCCGUUGAAGGAGAUAUACCUGCACAGCUUGACCUAGCUCAGAAAUUUAUGAUGAUGCGAGAUGUGUCGAAUCUUGUAUGUCAACUUCAUGGAUUGAGUUUGGAAUGUUCCAAAUUUUCACCAUUUUCCGGAAUUACUACAAAAAACUAUGAUAAAUCUGAAGUAGGUCAACGCUUAAAAGUAGCCAUUGAACAGGCUAAGCAAUAUUUUAAAGACAAUCCAUGUUGGGUUGAAGACCAUCUUGAACAGGUUCCUCGACCAGUUGGUUGUAAAUUUAAAUCAAAACAUAAUCGACACAGUUCAGGUGAACCCUUAUUGCUACCGGAAACCAAGAUUGAGAAAGCUCCUACUGCUAAACAAACUGGCAGACAUGCAUCAUUUUCUUACUACCUUACCUCCCAAAGAGACAUAUUUGGAAUUUUCUCAAGAGACAAUGCCCCUGUUUCAAGUUUCUUUCACAGUCGCUUAAACUCACUCCCUUCCUCAUUAAACAGUCACACAACGCUCACUCCAUUUUCGCUUUCAACUCACAAUUCCCACAGUUAUGAAAAUAUAUCACAAACUAAAAAACUACAUGACUCCAACAUGUUCUUUGCAGAACCUCUUGUUUCAUCAUUGUACCCUCCAACACAACAAAAACAACAACAACAACAACAACAACCACCACAACCCCAGCAACAAUCAGAACAGUAUCAACAGCAACAGAAACAACCACAGCAACCAAAACAACAGCAGCCGCAGCAGCCACAGCAGCCACAACAACAACAGCAACAACAGAAGAAGAAAAAGAAAAAGCAACAACAACAACAACAUCAAAGUCCUCAGACUGAAUCUGAGGAAGGUUUUGAAGUUCAGCGAGGUAAAAGCCGAUCUCUUCCUGUUGUCAGUCGAACAGCUAAAUCUCUUACUGUGUUAGAAGCUGAAGUACACAAAGAAUGGGACCCUGAAAGCAAACCUCAUUCUGGAUCACCUCCACCUGAAGGGGACUCCUCCAGCAAUGAAGGAGAACUCGAAUUAGAUUUAUUGUCCAUAAAAAUUCCCGCUAACUUUCGACAUGUAUUCUACAGCCCACAUCAGGACCCUGCGGAGUUGAUUCCGUGUCUCUAUAAUAAUAAAAACACAAAUGUUAUAUACCGUCCAAAUCAUAAAAGGGGAUCAUCAGGAAUGGGUUCUGGCAACACAAAUAGUGGAGGUUUUGCUUACCAUCGAGCAAGUGAAGAUAUUAGAUCUCUCUGUCGACAACUUCCUACUCUAGAGCCAUUGCCUCGAUGUGUCAGCCUUGAUGAUGGAUCUAGUACUUCAUAUGAUUCAGUAAUAGACCAGAUUAUCAAUGGGGGGCCUAAUUUAAUGGAUGGGUCUUAUCUAGGCUAGAAAAUAUAUAUUUACUUAUUGUCGAUUUAGCAAAAAUUAAAAACGAAAAGCCUAAUUAACACAGCACCAAUUACAAGUAAUUUAGAUAUUUUCUUCUAUAUCUAAUGCCAUUCCUGACAGAUAUAUUUGACAUGAAUUGUUUUAAUUUUUUUUUUUUUUAAUUGUAUGAUCCUGGUUGAAUGUGUUAGAAGAAUUGCUAAUUUGUUUACUGUAUGUGUGUAUUAUAGAUGUUUAGGUUUGUUUGUGUAUAUUUAUUUCUGUAGAUAUAUGAUUUUUGUGUGUGUGUGUGUGUGUGUGUGUGUGUGUGUGUGCAUGAGCAUAUGUAUGUGCAUCUGUGUGAUAUGUAUAACGUGUGUGGGUGUAUCAUCAUCGUGAUCAUUUUUAUAUCUACCUUUUUUUUAUACGUGCAUGAGUUGAAUGGGUCUUCACUUGCACAGUAUCUUGCCAUCUGUUGUAGACCUUAUCAUUUCCUUUGAGGAGUUCAACCUCUCGUGAUCAGCUUUCACCACUUCCUCCUACUUCUUUAUGGCUUUUGUAACUUUCAUCUUCAGCAGAUGCUUGACAUUUGUUAUUCUAGAACUGUCUUCAUCAAAUGUUUUCACAAGCACAAUGUUAUCUCUUGAAUGCUCAUUUGUCUAUCGUUAUUCAUGCUGACUAAUAUUGUGUGUCCAGUGGAUGUGUAUAUGUUGUAUAUACAUCCAGUGGAACAUGCUUGCUUCAUUAUUUUGUACAUCUUCCACUUUUGAUGCCUAUGUUUCACCAUCAUGCAUCAUACGUAAGUAUACUCAAAGAGAGAAUCUCCUUAUUAUCGGUAGAAAUAAUAACACUUUUGCCUCUUCAUUCUUACUCUGGCUAUUAUGCUUCCAGAAUACAUUAAGCUGCUGAGGUAAAGAAAAUUAUUAUCUACUUUCCAAGAGCGCCUGCACAUUUAAAAUAUUUUAUUUAAUGAGUGCUUUUACUGCUAACCAUUCCUGUCCAUCUGUUUGCAUACAAAACCUUUGUUCCCUUUCAGCCUGCUUGUGAUCCCAUUACAUCUUACAUUAUUUACAAUUGACGGAUAUUUGUCUUCAUCUUGU